AAGUCAAUACCAUCAGAUGGGCGGGGAAGGGAACAGGUUUAUCCGGUUGUGACUGCGUGAAGAGACUGCACCUGCUCGAUAAAUCCAUUCACCAUUCACCCAAAUAGUCGGGACUUCGAACGGCAAACAAUUUCUUUCCCUCUUUCAAUCCGCUUAUCUCAAACAAGGAUUCAGUUCAGGGGAGAAUCGCUGAGGGAAUCGACACAAUGGAAUUGUAUCUAAUGGUUUUAAUUGCCUCUUGUCUAACCUGCCAACUCUUGACCAUUGGAAGUGCCCAGUCGUCAACGGUACCAACAACAGCUUCGGAGAGUUUGACAACAUCUUCAACUCUCCCCACAUCUGUCAACACCAGCACUGCUGCACCUUCUGCAGAGCCAACCAGCGAUCCUGGCUUCACCCUCAAUACCGCCACUACCAAUGUGGCCUCAUCGGAAGACAGCACUUCAGUGUCCAUGUUAACAGUAAGCAGUCUCAACGACCACACAACGACUGGAUCAACAGAAACCACCAGCGAUCUGGAUACAUCAACCGCGAAUGCCACCAUCACAUCUAUGGUGACCAGUAGUCGACCCACCACCGACAACACGGCAACAGGAGACACAAGCGCCACAGACUCUGUGCCAACGGGAGCCGGCAACAGUUCCACAACCGCCCCGGACAACCACAACAGUACAACCUCACCAAACUCAACCUCAAUGGCCUCACCCUCACCAGCCUCACCCACAUCAAACUCACCAGUCUCACCCACAUCAAACACAACCUCACCAAACUCAACCUCACCCUCACCAGUCUCACCCACAUCAAACUCAACCUCACCAGCCUCACCAGUCUCACCCACAUCAAACACAACCUCACCAAACUCAACUUCACCCUCACCAGUCUCACCCACAUCAAACACAACCUCACCAAACUCAACUUCACCCUCACCAGUCUCACCCACAUCAAACACAACCUCACCAAACUCAACCUCACCAGCCUCAUCCCCAACGACCAACAGUACAACGAUGCUGCGGUCAUCGACAGUCGCGACACCCCCCAACACGUUCACUACUGACACAACCAUCAACACAACUAACGGGACGACAGCCAACAACGGGAAAGAUCUGAAUGUCAUUCGGCAUAGAGGAGGUGUGAUAAUUGGUGCCGUGCUGGGCAGCGUCCUGGGAAUCCUCCUGGUGUUGCUCCUCGCCUACCUUUACUGCACCCGCAAAAAGCCAGUCAACAUCGCUCAUCGCAGGUUGUACGAAAACUUCCCCAACGAACCGGUUCUUCGGCUGAACACGGAUGACGCAGUGGAGUUCAGGUAUCAAGACGGAGCGGCCUACUACAAUCCCUCCGCCCUGAAUGACCACAACGAGUCGCUCGGCAACGAGAAUUACGGGAUACAGAUGGAUGACAUGCCCUACGAGAAUGUGGCGUAAACCUCCCCCCCCCCCCCCCCCCCCGCCCCACAGCGUAAAACACAACGAGAAGCAAAA